CUCGCCGGAAUGGCCAACUACUAUCGACGCAAGAAAGGUGACGCGGUGUUUCUCAACGCAAAACCCCUCAAUAGUGCUAAUGCCCAGGCAUAUUUGUACGGGGUUCGGAAGUACUCCAUUGGAUUAGCGGAGCGAUUGGAUGCAGACUAUGAGGCUCCACCGUUGGAGAGGAAGAAGAGCUCCGAGAGCACAGCCUCCAAUAAUCCUGAGUUCACGCCUAGUGUUUUCUACAGGAACAUAGCACCUGUCAACUGGUUCUUAAGGAUUAUUGGCGUAUUGCCCAUUGUUCGAAGGGGUCCUGCCCGUGCCAAAUUCGAAAUGAAUUCAGCCUCCUUCACUUACUCAGUGGUUUUCUUUGUGCUCCUGGCGUGCUAUGUUGGCUAUGUGGCCAACAACCGCAUCCACAUCGUGCGCUCUCUGAGCGGGCCCUUCGAGGAGGCGGUGAUUGCCUACUUAUUCCUGGUUAACAUCUUGCCUAUUAUGAUAAUUCCCAUUCUGUGGUAUGAGGCUAGGAAAAUAGCCAGACUCUUUAACGACUGGGAUGACUUUGAGGUGUUGUACUACCAGAUUUCUGGUCAUAGUUUACCUUUGAAACUCCGACAAAAAGCGGUCUAUAUAGCCACUGUGUUGCCAAUCUUAUCAGUGUUAUCAGUGGUUAUUACCCACAUUACCAUGUCGGAUUUGAACAUCAAUCAAGUUGUGCCGUAUUGCAUCCUGGACAAUUUAACUGCUAUGUUGGGAGCCUGGUGGUUCCUUAUCUGUGAGGCCAUGAGCAUCACGGCUCACCUUCUGGCGGAGAGGUUUCAGAAGGCCUUAAAACACAUUGGCCCAGCUGCGAUGGUAGCCGACUACCGAGUUUUGUGGCUUCGAUUAAGUAAGCUUACCCGGGAUACUGGAAACGCCAUGUGCUAUACCUUUGUUUUUAUGAGUCUCUACCUGUUUUUCAUCAUCACUCUUUCGAUUUACGGACUGAUGUCUCAACUUUCAGAAGGAUUUGGCAUCAAAGAUAUAGGACUCACCAUAACAGCUUUAUGGAACAUUGGACUAUUAUUUUAUAUCUGCGAUGAGGCACAUUAUGCAUCGGUAAAUGUGCGAACUAAUUUUCAGAAGAAACUUUUGAUGGUAGAGCUAAACUGGAUGAACUCGGAUGCCCAGACAGAGAUAAAUAUGUUUUUGCGAGCCACUGAGAUGAAUCCAUCGACCAUAAAUUGUGGUGGCUUCUUUGAUGUGAACAGAAGCCUCUUCAAGGGACUUUUAACUACAAUGGUCACAUACUUGGUUGUUUUGCUUCAGUUUCAGAUAAGCAUUCCCACUGAUAAGGGAGAUUCUGAGGGUACUACCAACAUCACAGUGGUGGAUUUUGUCAUGGACAGUAUGGAUAAUGAUAUGACUUUGAUGCCAAGCACCUCUGCAAUCACCACCACUUCAAAAACCACUUUGGCACCAUUUGUAAAACAAAAAGGCAGAAAGGGUUAA